AUGGACCGGUAUAGCCUUGGGGACGAGGACGCCCUUCCUCCAGAGGUGCACCUCCCUUCGUUUUCCGAGAGCCAGGGACUCAAUUGCAGCGACACCCUCGACCGGGAUCUGGGUCCCAGUGCACGAGACCUGCUCUAUGCCGGCCUGAGUGGUUUGGACCUGGACCCCAGCCUCCCAGCCCCUGACAUGCCCAGCGAGGCACUGGAGGACAACUUAGACACCCUGUCCCUGUAUUCGGGGAAGGACAGUGACUCUGUGAAGCUGCUGGAGGAGUAUGCAGACCCAGAAUCUCAGGCGUCCCUACAAGCGGGCGACCCCAGAUAUGCUAGCGGGGAAGACGACUCCUGGGGUUCCAAGAAAAGCAAGUUUGACUGUGACUCCUUCCUGUGGCAGAACCCCGGGGAGCCCGGCCUCCAGGAGGCCCAAAAGCCCAGCGGCCUCCCGUCGGACGCCACGCCGCUCUUCCGGCAGCUCUUCCUCAAGUCCCAGGAGUCCCUGGUGAGCCACGAGCAGAUGCAGGUGUUCCAGAUGAUUGCCAAGUCCCAGCGGAUCUUCUCACAGCUCCCCGGGCCCGAGGGCAAGCAGGCCGCCCUGAAGCCGCUGCCGGGGCCCUGGCCGCAGCAGUCCCCGCCGCCAGCAGCCCCUGUUGACUCUCUGCACGCUGGCCCCGGAAACCCGGAGCCGGAGGGGUCCCCAGCCCGCAGGAGGAAAGCCACGCCUGCGUUCCCCAGAGAGGCCUCCCCAGGCGGCACCAGGCGGGAGGCGAAGGGAGGUCUGAAAACCGCCGCUGCUCCGCCGUCCCUCCCAGCGUCGUCACUGGACCCUCCCAGGAACCCAGACAUCUCCUCUCUGGCCAAGCAGCUGAGAUCCACGAAAGGGACCUUGGACCUGGGGGACAUCAUCUCCCCGGGGGGCCCACGGCAGACCCAGUCAGGUGGGGAUGAGCCCCUCGGAGCCCCGCUCCCAGGGAAGCAGGCCCAGGCGGAGAAUGGCGCGGCUCUGGGGGCCGCGAAAGGUGAAAAGAGCCAGGCCUGCGCCCGGGGCGGGGGCUACAGGCUCUUCUCGGGCAACCCCAGGUCCCAGCGCUUCUCCGGCUUCCGGAAGGAGAAGCUGAAAAUGGAUAUGUGCUGUGCGGCUUCCCCGAGCCAGGUAGCCAUGGCCUCCUUCUCGUCAGCCGGACCUCUGGCAGACCCCCCCCAGGACUCGAAGUCCAAGCUGACAAUUUUCAACAGAAUCCAGGGUGGAAAUAUCUACCGGCUCCCCCAUCCGAUGAAGGAGGAGAACGUGGCAGAUGGAUGUAGCCAGCAAAACGGGGGCCCUGCAGACUGGGCAGAGCCAAGGAGCACUUACGUCUGCAAGAACUGCAGCCAGAUGUUUUAUACAGAGAAGGGGCUGAGCAGCCGCAUGUGUUUCCGCAGCGACCAGUGGCCGUCACCUCGAGGGCAGCAGGAGCAGCAGGAGUUUGGCGCGGAGUUUUGCCCACCACUGAGACAGGUGCCAAGGCCGGAGGGUGACGGGCAGAGUCCCCCAGGAGCCAACAAGUCCCUGGACAGCCCCGCCGCGGCCCCUUUGGCGGUCCCCGCGUCGCUGCCCGCAGCUCCAGUGAACCGACCCGCCGGGAGCACCGCCAAGGGACAAGAGAAAGACGGGGAAGACAGAGACAGCAAGGAGAGCAGCCAACACAGGAAGCGGAAGAAGCGCCCCCAGCCCAAGGCCUUGUUCGUGCCUCCUCCACCCUCGUCGCCGUCGCCCGGAGAGCCGGGCCUGGGAGGAUGCCACCAGAGCUGCCUGCGGUCUCCGGUGUUCCUGGUGGACCGCCUCCUGAAGGGACUAUUCCAGUGCUCUCCGUAUACGCCGCCCCCAAUGCUCAGCCCCAUCCGGGAGGGCUCUGGGCUCUAUUUCAACACCCUCUGCUCCACCUCUGCUCACGCCGGGCCCGACAAACUCAUCAGCAGCAUGCUUGAUCAAGUGGAUGGCUCUUUUGGCAUCUGCAUGGUAAAGGAUGACGCCAAGAUCAGCAUUGAACCACACAUCAACAUAGGAAGCCGGUUUCAGGCUGAGAUCCCAGAGCUCCAGGAGAGGUCGCCGGCCGGAAUGGAUGAGCACGUAGCUUCUCUGGUCUGGAAGCCGUGGGGAGAUGUGAUGACCAACCCAGAAACGCAGGACAGAGUGACCGAGCUCUGCAACGUGGCCUGCUCCAGCGUGAUGCCGGGAGGGGGCACCAAUCUGGAGCUCGCCCUGCACUGCCUGCACGAAGCCCAGGGCAGCGUUCAGGUUGCCCUGGAGACCCUCUUACUCAGAGGACCCCAGAAGCCGCAGACUCACCCACUGGCCGACUACCGCUAUACAGGUUCAGACAUCUGGACCCCCAUGGAGAAGAGGCUUUUCAAGAAGGCGUUCUGCACCCACAAGAAGGACUUUUACUUGAUCCACAAGACGAUUCAGACAAAGACUGUAGCCCAGUGUGUUGAGUACUAUUACAUCUGGAAAAAAAUGAUCAAGUUUGACUGUGGCCGAGCCCCAGGGCUGGAGAAGAGGGUCAAGAGAGAGCCAGAGGAGGCAGACAGGACAGAAGCAAAGGUCACCUGCAGCCCUCGGGAGAGACCCAGCCACCGCCCCACUCCCGAGUUCAAGAUGAAGACCAAGAGUUACAGGAGGGAGUCCAUUCUCAACUCUAGCCCAAACGCCGGCCCCAAGCGGACCCCCGAGGCGCCGGCGAGUGCGGAGGGCCGGGGCGUUUUCCCCUGCAGGGAGUGUGAGAGGGUGUUCGACAAAAUCAAGAGUCGAAACGCCCACAUGAAGCGACACCGGCUUCAGGACCACGUGGAGCCCGUCGUCCGGGUGAAGUGGCCUGUGAAGCCUUUCCAGCUGAAGGAGGACGAGGAGGAGGAGAUGGGGGCCGACAUCGGGCCCCUGCAGUGGUGA